GGUGGAAAAAAUGAAGAAUCUGAAGGUGCUAAAGCUGUUCAAGAACAACCUGAAAGAAUUCCCAAUGCCGGUGUGUGCACUUAAGACACUAGAAGAAGUUGACCUGAGCUUUUCCAACAUCAGAACAACCCCAUCAAAGGUAAAGCAAUUAAAAAAUCUGAAGAUUUUGAAACUCUCUAACAACAAUCUGGAUGAAUUCCCAAUACCAGCAUGCGAACUGGAGGCACUAGAAGAGGUUGACCUGGACAACAACAACAUCACCACAAUUCCGCCACAGGUUAAACAACUGAAGAAUCUUAAGGUACUAAAGCUGUUAAAGAACAGACUGCGAGAAUUCCCAAAACCAGUAUGUGAGCUGGAUUCACUAGAAGAGGUCGACAUGAGCCAUAACAACAUAACAACAGUGCAACCAGAGGUAAAACAGUUGAAAAAGCUGAAGAAGCUAAGGCUGAAAGACAACGACCUGAAAGAAUUUCCAAUAGCAGUAUGUGAAUUGGAGGCACUAGAAGAGGUCGGAAUGAGCGAUAAUAAGAUCACCACAGUUCCAACAGAGGUGAUUCAACUGAAGAAUUUGAAGUCUCUAAAUCUGCAGAAGAACAAAUUGGACCAAUUUCCAAUUUCAGUAUGUCAGCUUAUGACACUAGAAGAGGUUAUCUUAUCCAAUAACAAGAUCCCCACUGUUCCAUGGUUGGUAAAACAACUGAAGAACCUGAAGAUACUAAGGCUACAGUUCAACAAACUGAAUGAAUUUCCGGAACCGAUAUGUGGGAUGGAUUCUCUGGAGGAGGUCAACCUGGGCAACAACAGGAUCUCCAUUGUUCCAUGGUGGGUAAAACAACUGAGGAACCUGAAGAUACUAAGGCUACAUUGCAACAAACUGAAUGAAUUUCCGGGACCGGUAUGUGGGAUGGAGUCUCUGGAGGAGGUUAACUUGUCCAAUAACCAGAUCCUGACAAUUCCACUAGAAGCAAAACAACUUAAAAAUCUGAAGGAACUAAGGUUGCGCAACAACAAUUUGGUAAAUAUUCCUUUAUCGUUGUGUGAGCUGAAGACACUAGAAGAGAUUUACCUGGACAAUAACAAGAUCAGUGCAGUCCCUCCACAAAUAGAACAACUGAAAAAACUCAGGAUACUAGGGCUGUGUAAGAACAAUAUAGAUGAAUUUCCAAAGCCUGUAUGUGAACUGGAAACACUAGAAGUAGUUGACCUGGAAGGUAACAGCAUCACCACAAUUCCGCCAGAGGUUCGACAACUGAAGAAUCUUAAGGUACUUAAGCUGAAAAACAACAGGCUACGAGAAUUCCCAAAACCAGUAUGUGAGCUGGAUACACUAGAAGAGAUUGACAUGAGCCAUAACAACAUAACAACAUUGCGACCAGAGGUAAAACAGUUGAAAAAGCUGAAGAAACUAAGACUGAACCACAACCAUCUGAACGAAUUUCCUGUUACACUAUGUGAGCUGGAACCACUAGAAGAGGUUUACUUGGACCAUAACAACAUAACAACAGUGCGACCUGAGGUAAAACAGCUGAAAAAGCUGAAGAAACUAAGACUGAGCCACAACAACCUGAAAGAAUUUCCAGCUACACUAUAUAAACUGGAACCACUAGAAGAGGUUGACUUGGACCAUAACAACAUCACUAUGGUUUCUUCAGAGGUUAAAAAUCUACAGAACCUUAAGAUAUUACGGAUGUGCAACAACGGGCUGGAUAAAUUCCCUGUACCAUUAUGUAAGCUGGAGACACUAGAAGAGGCUUACUUGGACCAUAACAACAUCACCACAGUCCCAUCACAGGUAAAGCAACUGAAGAAUUUGAGAAAAAUAUGGAUGCGCAGCAACAAUCUGGUCGAAUUCCCAGUAACAUUAUGUGAGCUGGAGAAAAUUAAAGGAGUUUUCUUGGACAAUAACAAGAUCACCGCUCUCCCAGCUCUGACAACACUCAGCAGAAUACGAAGUUUAAGUCUUAAGUCUAACAGUAUUACUAAGAUUUCAGAGGAAAUAGGCAAAAUGAUGCAGCACUUAGAAUCUCUUAACUUAGAAAACAACAAGUUGGAAAAAUUACCUGAAGGGAUGCGAUUCCUAUCAUCUCUAAAUGAGUUUUGCCUGGGGGGUAACACACUGAUUCAGCCACCGGAAGAGGUAGUCAAAGAAGGCAGAGAGGCAGUGUUCCGAUAUCUUGAAGAUCUGGCACAAACCAGAGCAGAGAAAGCAUCAAGACUUCAGGUUCAGGUGCUAGGAGAAACUUGUGUAGGAAAAACAAGUCUGGUGGGAACACUCACAACGGGAGAGCCCUACUUGACCCUUGAAGCAGACAGAACGCAUGUCCUGCAGCAAAAAUCAUGGGUGCCACAGGAGGAUAUCUUCUUGAAUAUCAAUGACUUCGGUGGUCAUUCAGUCUACAAAGUUGCACACAACUUUUUCUUGACCAAAAAUGCAUUAUCUUUGGUUGUUUUUGAUAUCUGUUUGAACAUACCUGAGAAGUACCAUCGUGAUAUAGGAACUUGGAUUGAAAACAUUUAUUACAGAUCACCAGAAUCAAGAAUUUUACUAGUAGGAACUCAUGCAGACUUCCUUAGUGUUAAAGAAAUACAGACAAAGAAGGAAAAUAUCAAGGGAGCGUGGAAAGCACAAUUAGAAAAGAGACAAUCCAGAUUGAAAGCAGCCUGUGACACGUUGCGUAAAAAAAUGAGAAAACAGAAAGAGCUUACAGAGGCGUAUCGUACUAAAUUAGAUCACAUAAGAAAAUCAAUGAAAAACCCACCACAGGUUUGUGAAGACAUAUUUGUCACAAGUUCCAAAUCACAAUAUGGAAUUGAGAACCUUAAAAAUGAAUUGAUCCGAAUAGCAAAGCAAAAGGCCAUCAUAUUACCAGGAUCAUGGUUGAAAAUAGUAGAGAACAUCGAAAAAGCUAAACACAGUGGGACAGAAUCUGUUUUGUCCAUGGAUUCCAUUGGAGAAAUAAACGAAGAACACGAACCUCCCCCUAAAGUCGCCAGAAUUGCAGAGGCAUCAACCAGCAAAGAACGAGACAAAUCAGAGAGUCAGAGGAUGGAAGAUGUAAUUUCGUUUCUGCAUGAUACUGGCGUGGUUUUGUGGUUCAAAGCCAAUCCUUUGCUGCGACAGGUCAUUUUUCACAAACAGGAUGUGCUCAUAAACCUCUUGAAGGCAGUCCUCCGCCAUGAUCUUGCAUCCAUCCUCGUAUAUGAUACUAAACCCUUCAGUGAGAGAUUUAGCGGACCGGGGUUUGAAUCUGCAAAACAGGAUGCGCUGAAACGAGGUAUUUUGAGCACAACAUUGCUUGAAUGUUUGUGGGAGAAGUAUGACCUAGGGACACCAGGAUUUUUAGCAAUGCAGAAAUUACUGAAGGACUUCGAGGUGUGCUAUGUGGUUAAAGGCGAGGAAGAAGAUAUGAUUCAUUUUCCGUGGAUCUUGGAAGAAGGUCGCCCAAAAGAUCUUUCCUCCAAAUGGCAGACUACACCCCUUCCCCGAGAUGCAUUGCAAAUUUCCACCGAGGUCCAUUUUGCCGGCCCCUGCCCAAUAGGGCUGUAUGAAACGGCUGCUGUACAUCUCCAUGAACACUUGAAAAACUUCAAAUCAACACGUAUAGACUGGAAGGAUGGUUUCUAUGCCCAGCUUGGUGUUUAUCUCCGAAUGACACUUGAAAGGGAAUGUGUAGGAAACCCAGCCAAUGGAAUACUAAGGCUUUCCAUGCGGGGGGACAAUCUUCACCAACUCAAAGAGUCUUACCUUAAGUUAUUCAAGGACUUAACACAGUUGAUAGAAAGAGAAUGCCCUGGUGCAACUCGAGUUGAAUAUGUGGUGUGUCCACAUUGUUUACAUAAUGAGGAAACAUCUCCAUCACUUUUUGAAAUACCAGAGCGAUUUCUUAAUGUUUCACUGGAAGAUAGGGCAUGUUAUCACCCUUGCCCAGAGGAAGAUCCAAGUUUCAUGGCCUCGGCGGAUUUCUAUUAUCCUGUGACGGAGGGUGCCAUGACCGAUCUCCACAGUACAGCCCUGAGGAUACAUGCUGUACAAAUGUAUAAAGACAUCAGUGGUCUAUCCCGGCCCCUCCAGGAGAUAAUGAAUCGACUUGUGAAAGAAAAGAUACUCAAAGAGCAAGACGGGAGAUCCAUCCUAGAGCCAGAUGGAACAAUCAGUCUUUUCAGCAUCCUUAAAGGAAAGAGGGACUCAGCAUUCUACAUCUUCUGUGGAGCCUUACAUGACAGUGGGAAACAUGAAACUGCGAGUCUUCUGAUGUUAUCAGAUUUGGCAGUGGAUCUUGGGGAAGAUGGUCUGAAAGAAGCGCUGACAACUUUGUUGAAUGAGGGUGUACUAACACAGGAGGAGGAGAAUGCUGUGCUUUAUAAAUCAUGGCGACAGCUUUCGCGUAAGGUGGAAGUUCUUCUUCAAAAAUUGAGCGACAAAGUUGGCUAUUUACGGGAUGAGGCCUUUUUUAAUUUUAAGAAAGUUGUUUAUGAGAUUGAAAGGAAACAUCGACAGGACAAGACACACCCUUCAAAUUUACCCGAAUGUGAUAAGUUGGAAUUGCUUCAAAAGCUCGAAAGAGACCCAAAAUAUUCUGAUCCAGAUUUUGAAGAAAAAGAGAUGUGGACAAGCCUUAAUCUACAAAGAAUUGGAACCAGAAUUCCACAGAGUAUAUCUCGCUGUGCCAGCAUUGAAAGACUUGAUAUAUCUGGUAAUGGAAUCCUUGACAAGGCAACAUGGGAGACCAUAUACACACUAAGAGCUCUAAAAGAUUUAAAAGCAUCUGAGUGUGGAGUAAAUGCGGUCUCCUUGAAAAUUGGUCAUCUGGCAAACCUGAAAAAAUUAGAUCUGUCCAAGAACCACUUGAAUGAAUUUCCAUUAUCAAUAUUUACGCUUGAAAGACUGAUAGAGCUUGACCUUAGCCAUAGCAACAUCACCACAAUUCCACCAGAGGUACAACAACUAAAGAAUCUGAAGAAAUUAAACAUGUCCCACAACAGUUUGAAAGAAAUCCAGGCAAGAGUAUGUAAGCUGGAGACAUUAGAAGAGCUCCACCUGAGUCAUAACAAAAUUGCCACAGUUCCACCAGAGAUAGAACAACUGAGGAGCUUGAAAGAAAUUAACCUAUCCAACAACGAGCUGAGAGAAUUCCCGAUCCCUUUAUUAGGGCUGGAAACACUAGAAUCUGUUUGGAUGGAUCAUAACUACAUAACCAAUUUCCCAGUCUUGACUACUACCAGCAGAAUAAGCGUUCUUAGUCUAAAUUCCAACAAUAUUACUGAGGUUUCAGAGAAAAUUGUUGAUAUGAUGAAUUACCUAGUCAAAUUUGACUUAAGAAACAACAAAUUAAAGAGAUUGCCUGUACAAAUACGACUCCUGUCAUCUCUACGUGAGCUUCACCUUAUAGGCAACAAACUAAUUCAGCCACCACAAGAUUUAGCAAACGAGGGCAAGGAGCCUGUGUUUCGAUAUCUUGACGAUCUAUCAAAAAGUUUGGAACAGGAAGCAUCGAUCCUCCAGGUCCAGGUGUUAGGAGAAACUUGUGCAGGGAAGACAAGUCUGGUGGGAACACUCACAACGGGAGAGCCCUACUUGACCCUUGAAGCAGACAGAACACAUGUUCUGCAGCGAAAAACAUGGAUGCCCCAACAGGACGUUUUCUUGAAUAUCAAUGACUUUGGUGGUCAUUCAGUCUACAAAGUUGCAUACAUUUUCUUUCUGACCAAUGAAUCUUUGUCGUUGGUUGUAUUCAAUAUCUGCUUGAACAUAGCGAAGGACUACCACAGUGCUAUAGGAACAUGGAUUGACAAUAUCUAUUGCCGAUCACCACAAUCAAGAAUUUUACUAGUAGGAACUCAUGCAGACCUCCUUAAUGAUGACGAAAGACAGAUUAAGAAGAAAGACAUUAUGAAAGCAUGUGAAGCACACUUGGAAGGCAGGCUAUCCAGCUUAAAUGCAGCCUAUGCCAACUUGAAUGUACAAUUGAAGAAACGGGAAACUCUUACAGAAACAUACCACACAAAGAUGGAUCACAUAAGAAAAUCAAUCGAAAACCCACCCAGAGUUUGUAGAAAUAUUUAUGACAUUAGUUCUGAAUCAGGGUAUGGAAUUAAAGAUCUUAAAGAAAAAUUGAUCCAGGAAGCAAAGAAAAAAACAAUUAUACUACCAAGUUCAUGGCUGAAAAUUGUGAAUCACAUUGAAGAGACUAAACACAGUGGGACAGAAUCUGCCUUGUUCAUGACUUCUCUUCAGGAAAUGAAUGAAGAACAUGAAUCCGCCCCUCAAGUUGCCAACAUUGAAGAGGUUUCGACAAGCAGUGGAAUAGAAUCGGUCUUGUUCAAGACAUAUCAUAAGGAUAUGAACAAAGAUCAAGGAUCUUCUCCAAAAGAUGCCAAACUUGAAGAAGUGUCAACUAGCAAUGGAAAAGAACACGCUUUGUUUAUGACUUCACUUCAGGAAAGGGACAAAGAGUACGAACCUCCCCCUAAAGUUGCCAGAAUUGAAGAGGCUGAAGACGUGCCGACUGGCAGGUUUAGGUACCCAGACACAGAGAGUCGGAUAAUGAGAGAUGUCAUGUCUUUUCUACAUGAAACUGGUGUGGUUUGGUGGUUCAAAGAUGAGCCGUCGUUGCAACAUGUUGUAUUUCACAAACUGGACAAAGUCAUAAAUUUGUUGAAGACAGUACUCUGUCGCAACCUAGAAUCAAUCCUAGAACACUAUACAACGCCAUUCAGUGAGAAGUUCACCAAACUUGGGUUUAAGUCUGCAAAACAGGAUGCUCUAAAACGAGGUAUCUUGAGCGCAACAUUGCUUGAAUGUUUUUUGGAGGAAUAUAAUCAAGGACCAGAGAUAUUUUCUGCAAUGCUGAAAUUACUGGAGAUCUUUCAGAUUUGCUAUGCUGUCAGAGGUAAGGACACGGGAGAAGAAAGGUUUCAUCUCCCAUGGCUCCUGGAAAAAGAUCGCCCAAAAGUUCUCUCUCCAAAAUGGCAAAUGCCCCUUUCCCGAGAUACAUUACAAAUUUCCAUAGAGGUCCGUUUUUCAGGUCCCUGCCCUACUGGACUGUAUGAAAUGGCUGCCGUCCAUUUUCAUGGACAUUUGGGAAACUUCAAAUCAACGCGUGUAGACUGGAAAAAUGGUUUCUAUGCUCAGCUUGGUGAUUGCCUCCGAAUGACACUUGAAAGGGAAUGUGCGGGAAAUUCAGAAAACGGAAUACUUAGGCUUUCCAUGCAAGGGAACAAUAUUCACCAACUCCAAGAGUCUUGUCUAAAUGUGUUUAUGGCUUUGACUCAGCUGAUAGAGAGAGAAUGCCCUGGUGCAUCCCGAGAUGAAUAUUUAGUCUGUCCGCAUUGUAUGCAUGAAGAGAUAACACCUCCAUCACUUUUUGAAUUACCAGAUCAAUUUCUCAGUGUCCCGUUGGAAGAUAAGGCAUGUUAUCACCCAUGCCGAGAGGAAGAGCUAGGUGUUAUGGCCUCAGCAGAUUUCUAUUAUCCUGUGACAAAUGGAAACAUAACCGAUCUUCACAGUGCGACCCUAAGAAUACACGGCGUACAAAUGUUUAAAAACAUUAGAGGUCCAUUUAGGCACCUCUGGGAGAUACUGAGUCGACUUGUGAAAGAAGGGAUACUCACAGCGGAAGAGAGGAGUUCUAUUGGAGAACCAGACGAACUUUUCAGCAUCCUUAAAAGAAAAAGGGACUCUGCGUUUUACAUCUUCUGUGGAGCUUUACAUGAUAGUGGAUAUCAUGAAACUGCAAGUCUUCUGAGGUUAUCAGAUUUGGCAGCGGACCUCGGAGAAGAUGGUCUGAAAUCAGUACUGGAAAUUUUAAUGUCUGAGUGUGUCCUAACAGAGGAAGAAGUGAACUCCGUGCAUCACGAAUCAGGGGGACAAGUUUCGCAGGAGGUAGAAUUACUUCUUCAAAAGUUGAGUGACAAAGUACCCCAUUUACGGGAUGACCCUUUUUCUAAAUUCAAGAAAGCUGUAUAUAAGGCUGAAAGGAAAAAACGUUCAGGUUCAAGAGUGCGUUUGGACACAGAGGUGCUGUACAGCAGAGAACAUUGUCAACAGGACACGUGAUAACCAAAUUUGACAGAUGCCAUUACUGACAAUUUCAGGUACAAUUUGAGAACUUUAAUGAGAUUCAAUUUGAAUCCUUUAUACCCAAUUACAGUACCCAAUAGAAUCUGUGGUGCCAAAUUUUCUACCAAAAUGCUUAUUAAGAAACUUUUCCAAACUGGCAGAGUUCGCGUAUGCGGAGAAAGGUUUAAUAGUGACUACCAUAAAAUCAGCGGGAAAAUGGGCAAUUUGGUGGUAUAGAGAUUGACUGGACAGGGCAAUGUUUACGAAUGUAUCAGGGCGAAUAAUGACUACAUGCAUAAAAACACUGGGACAAUGGUGUAAUAUUUGAGAUGCUGUGACAGCAGAUUCCUGUAUAUUCAACCUCCAGAGUUGUAUAUUUAAUAUUUAGUUCCACCUAGCUGGUUUGUAGAAUAUUUGAACAAGUUCAUACAAAUGUUGUAAAUUUGAAAUUUUAGCUAAUAGUGAUUUCAUUUUGGUUCAUGGUGUUUUUAGAUGUUAUGAAUGUUUUAAGAAAAUCAAUCCAAAUUCAUAGUUUGCAUCUAAUUAUAGCCUAUGGUAUGCACGUCCACGAUAAUGGGUAACAACAAUGAGACAUGGGCAUCAAAAUGUCAACAUGGUAAAGAUCUAGUGAGCACACUUUCCACUUAGAAUAUGAACCGUAUUUGAUUUAUAUUCAUAAAAUUUGGAAAGUGUAACGUUAAACACAUACAGUUUAAAAAUUAUCAGGGAAGAGUACGCUUAACUUCACAUA